AUGACCUCAAUGGAUGUAUGCCGGAAGGUGGCUGAGCUCGUGAGGCCUCUCGGAUACUCUCCAGAUGCUCCACAGGCGUGCUUGGACAGUCCAACAGCCGCGGAGGUCUAUUCUGGUCAAACACAUGCAGGCAGUUACGCGGGAAAACGCUCUGAAAAAGGGAAGCGGAAAUCGGGCGUCGGGCAUGGAGGGACUCUCGACCCUGCUGCGACAGGCGUUCUUGUUCUUGGUGUCGGAGAAGGCACGAAGAGGUUGCGACACUUUUUGUCAGGCAGGAAGCAAUACCGAGCUGUUGUGCGACUGGGCGUGACAACUGACACACUUGACAGUGAGGGACGCGUCGUUGAAGAACGCGAGUGGAAGCACGUCACCAAAGCCACGCUGACACGCGUGCUGCGAUCAUUCUUGGGCAAGCAGCUCCAGCAACCUCCCCUUUUCUCGGCAAAGCGAGUGAACGGAGUGCGCAUGUAUGACAUUGUUAGAUCCAUCCAAGAACAGCAAGCCCGCCAGUCACGGAGGCCAGGUUCAAGAGCUGAUCUAUCUCUCUCAGGAGGGCCUGACAGGGGCGAUUUGGCCCCCCUGCUAGAGACCCCGAACGCCGACGAUCCGGCUGCCGAGCCGCGACCCCAAGCUGAGGACCCCGCCUCAACCCACUCAGACCGCCGCUUUAGUUCAGCCCUCUGGCACGGUGUCCUCGAACGCGUGCCGCUCCCGAGGCCAUGCGAAAUUGAGAUAUCGCAACUUGACCUCGUGGAUGAAAGCGAGUUUGGGAUGCCUUACUUCGCCAUCAGCGUGACGUGCUCGAAAGGCACUUACAUCCGUCAGCUCGCCGCCGAUAUCGCCGCCAGAUGUGGAACAGUCGGCCACCUCGCGGAACUGACGCGAACAUCUCAAGCCCCGUUUCGACUGGAGGAUUGUGUAGAGUUCGAAGGCCUCACUCGAGACCGUUUGCUGCGCCACUUGAUCCCCAUCCCAGUCAUUGACAACAUCAUUCGCGAGAAGGAACGCUGGCACCGCGGCGCCGACUGUCCAAACUAA